UUUCCAAUACAUCGGCCUACACACCAAAGGUAAACAGAGCCAUAGCCCAGGAGCGAUAUAGAGUGCAGAGGAAGGAACAGAGAGGAAGCAGGGGAGGUAGAGAAGAGAAGCGAGUCAAGUAUAGCAGCAAUGGCGCGUCCCUUCGUCUUCGUCUUGGCCGUCGCCGUCGUCCUGGCGUCGCCCUCUUGCCUCGCCGCGGACGACCUCCUGAUCCCGCGGCCGGCGACGGCGGCGACGGCGCUCACCUUCGGGGAGGGCUACACGCAGCUGUUCGGGGACUCCAACCUCAGGCUCCACGGCGACGGGAGGCGAGUCCACAUCUCCCUCGACGAGAGGACAGGCUCCGGGUUCGCGUCGCAGGCCGCGCACCUCCACGGCUUCUUCAGCGCCAGCAUCAAGCUGCCCUCCGACCACACCGCCGGCGUCGUCGUCGCCUUCUACAUGUCCAACGGCGACGUGUACGAGAAGACGCACGACGAGCUGGACUUCGAGUUCCUGGGCAACGUCAGGGGCAGGGAGUGGCGCGUGCAGACCAACGUCUACGGCGACGGCAGCACCGCGGUCGGGAGGGAGGAGCGGUACGGCCUCUGGUUCGACCCCACGGAGGACUUCCACCGCUACGCCAUCCGGUGGACCAAUCGCACCAUCGUGUUCUACAUUGACGACACUCCGAUCAGGGAGGUGGUGCGGAGCGAGCGGAUGGGUGCGCAGUUCCCGUCCAAGCCCAUGUCGCUGUACGCCACCAUCUGGGACGGCUCCAGCUGGGCUACCUCCGGCGGCCGCUACAAGGUGGACUACAAGUAUGCGCCCUACGUCGCCCAGUUCACCGACCUCCUGCUCCAGCCGGAGCCGCACCACGGCGCCGGCGAGACCAUGUCGCCGGCGCGGCGGGCAGCCAUGGAGAGGGUCCGCGCGAGGUACAUGACGUACGGGUACUGCUACGACCGCGCACGGUACCCGGCACCGCUGCCGGAGUGCAGCGUGGGCGCGGAGGCGGAGAUGUACCUCCCGUCGGGCGAGGCGCGGUCGUGGGACCGGCGCAGGCGCGGCAGGCGCCACCGCCGUGCCGGCGCGGACUCCGCCCUCUGACGAUAUGAUACGAUCACUACUCACUGAUGCCUGAUGGGCGGUGCUAGCUAGCCAGCUAGGUGUGUUCGCGGUGUGCCCCUCACGUUUGCGACGUGAUUUAUGUAUGAUCACUUGAUCAGGUUACCGCGAUCCCUGAGAUGCUCUCUUGAUUGUAGCUUCACCAUUGGGUAGUAAUUAGCAGAGCUGAGCUCGCAGUUGGUUGAUCACUUCAGCAUCGUGCACGGAUUGAUACUUGGUGGUGGCGCCGCACCAACGCUGUGCACCAGAAUUAGCAGUACAAAUUCACCGCCGUUCACCUA